AAUGUCAUUUUAUGGAAAAGGUUUGCAUUGCAUUUUGAAGUAAUUUUUUGUAAUUUUUAAAGCGUUUGUUAUGUAUCGCAAUUAAGACUUACGCCGAUAAUAACGAUGACAAUCAGUAAUCUUACUUAAAUUGUAAUUCACGUUCAAAUUCAAUUUUUAAAUGUGAUGGAAAGGCCAAGCAACAGCGGUGACAUGAGCCGAAGAGUCGGAGAAAUUGUCAGGCGAAUAAACAGAUUCACAGACGGCCCGCUGACCAGAAAGAAACUGGUGUUGAUAGUCCUAGUGGUUGUGUUUUUAGUACUUUAUAUCGGACCAACGUUGUGGAACUCUCUAUUCAAUACCGAAGGUUCUGUUACGAGUCAUCAGAACGUAUGUCAUAGAAACUUCAUUAAUACUUAUCAGGAUGCAAUAAACGAUUACGACGCUUAUUUGCGGCUGGAGUCGUCGGCGACGUUAUCGACGCUGAGCCACAACUACGUGCCUUAUAUUGGAAAUGGGCUGGUGGGUAUGUCGCUAGAACACGACGCUCAUAUCAACAUCAAACACGGUCGUACACUAUCGCUACCCGUGUUCUACCACCCUCUGUACAUUAUAGACGACUUAGAUAUGAAGGAAUCAACUUUAGUGGAUUAUAAAAAUGGGAUUGUCCACAGAUUUCAGUGCAGUAGUACAGGUAUACGAGUUUCUUAUGAGUACUAUGCACAUAGAACUAUUCCCUCAUUGUUUGUGCAAGAAAUUUUUAUUAACAAUCCUUUGAAUGUUCCCAAGAGCUUGCACAUGUCUAUACCGAGGCUAUCGGACUGGCCGACAUCUGUGAAACAGACAAUAAGGUUGCACCAGGGAGUGGACGCUAAGGAGUAUGAGGUUGUGACUGGGAUGGUGCCUUUACCUGAUAGUGACAAUGUCUUAGCUGCAUCUGUUGUUACGAGAAAAUUGAGCAACACCAUACAAGUGGAGGCAAGAGAUGGUGUCGAUUUAGUCAUAUUUACGACAGUACAGUACAGCAAGCCUAUCAAGCAGGCAGACUACGCUAAACACAAGGACAUUGUUGAGAAGAAGGCUAUUGAACAAAUGGAGAAGGUGAUCGCUCUGACUGGUGAUAGAGUUGCUAUGCUACAACUCAAAGAAAAUCAUUCCAGAGUAUGGCAGAAUCUAUGGUAUACCGGCUUUUACAUAUCGGACUCAAAAGCCGAGGGUGUUAUCAACGGUGACCGCAUAAAUGCUACGAUAUAUGCCAUCCUCUCCCAAGUGCGGAGCUACGAAUACGAGGAGCAUAUAAAACCGGCGACAAAAUCCGAACUUCUCAGAACACUAACAUAUUCUGAAGGUUGUUACGAAGGCUACUCGACUUUGGAUGCUUACAAUUUAUGGAAACCACUGAACUCACUGGGGAACUUGAAUGCAGUGACCAGUGUUUGGAUGCUGACAUUAGAGAAGCAGGGCUGUCACAAUCUUUUAAAAGCUGGAGCGAGUGGAGUGAACCAGGCCGUUAUACUCAGCUUUGGCAGCUUGAGAUUUAGCAACCAACACCUGGAGUAUAACAUACAUCCUUCCAAACUCCACAGGGACUUUUUGUUCCGUCGAGUGAACUACGGCAACAUGACUCACGUCAAUAUCAGUGUCAUUCUGCAGGAAGAUAACAAGGCAGCUAUAUUCGUAGCUCUAGAUAGGUCUGAUAAGACAUACUACGCGUGCGACGCCGGAUGCCUCGACUCCCCUGUACAAUUGGGACCAUAUAGGAAGUACUUCCCGGUGAAACUGACUGAGCCUCUUACGGCGAUCCUGUACAUAACCGCGGACAAGCAGCACAUGGAGGACCUGAGGCACGCUAUCCACGUCCACGAGGUGGUGGAAGCCCCGGCCCAUGAGCAUCACAUCAUCGCACUCCACAAGCACGGCCACAGCUUGGGAGGUCUCAAUCCGCUUAUCUGGAUAUCCAUUCUAGUACUUAUUAUUAUGUUCCAUUUGUUCCUGUGUAGAAUAAUUAUGAAUGAGUUCUGUGACAGCGGCGGCGGUAUUAGUUAUAAGAGGUUGUAUAACAAGGCUUGAGUAUGUUUGCGCUGAGACUUACUUAGUUUUUCCUGUUGAGGCUGAAAUAUAUUUGUUUGACAGACAUACAAAUUCACAAUGAUACUGCCCAAUCAAUGAACAUAGUCAUCUCUAGUUUAUUUACCCAAUUUAAUGUUUGUGAGAUCUCAGUGAAGGAUUAGUAUUAUGAUUUAUUACUUCAGUUGUUUCAAUUAGUUACAAAACAUUUUCUAUUUCCGCCAAGAAUUGAAUUGAUAAGGAGUCAAAUAGUGUUAUAAUUUAUUUAUAUUAUGGAUGUAUUUAAAUUGCGCUUUUUAUGUAGGUGUAAAGAAUAUUCAGCACAAUUUUCUAAAAUAGUUUGUGUAUUAUUAGCAAUAUUGCUUGUAUAUAAGUUACUGAAAGACAUUUGAGAUGUAUAUACAUAAAUUGUAAGCGACAGAGAUAUAGUUGUUAUAUUUUUA